UUUUAUGAAAAUUUCUCCUACCGAAACAAGUUCCCUCUAGCUGAACUAGAUGGAAACUGAAUAUUGAAACAUAAACAAAAACAUUUUGAUUCACAUUUUAUUAUGUCUCUUAGUUGCGAUCAACCGACAUGUUUCAAUUGACAGGUUGAUCAACUUUAAAAAAUGCGCUUUGAUUCAAUUAAUUUUGUGUUUGUUUGUGGUAACUCAUCUCUUUGGGAACAUGAUUCGUUAUGGAGUUCAUCUAAACCCGGAUUAACACAAUGUUUCAAGAGGACAAUACUUAAUUGGUUGCCAACGAUUUUUCUUUGGUUUUUUUGUUUCUUUGAAUUUUUAAGGAUUGCUAGAGUGAAAAACAAGACAAUUAAAUGGAAUCGCCAUAAUUUUAUUUGUGUAAUUUUAUCGUUGGCUUAUAUAUUUUUGAAUGACUUACAAUUUGGACGCAUACUUUACAAGUCAGAAGAUUCAAUAACUCCUGUUGAUUUACAUGUCCCUUUGGCUAAUGUUGCAUCUCUUACAUUAAUCAUUUUCUUCUUCUAUUACCACCGACUUCUUGGAAUCCAUACCAGUGCUGUAAUAUGGAUUUAUUGUUUUUUACAAACAAUUACUACAUUUUUAAUCACUUGUCAAACGUGGAUUGACACACAAAAUAAUUCAACAUUUGAAUUUAUCAUAUUUAACUUCCAAUUUGGUGUGAUUUUAUCACUCCUGAUUGUUAUUUCAUUUGCUGAUGGACCAAUUAUUAAUGUUGAAUAUCUGGCGACCAAUGAGCAAGUUGAUGUACAAAGCAAACAUUUGAUUCCAGAAAAUGAAGUAUCAUUCCUUAAUCAGCUAACCUUUUGGUGGUUCAAUAGUUUAGUAUUUCUUGGCAGAAAAAGAGAAACAACUAUCGAUGAUCUCUGGGAUCUUCCAGAUGAUAGUAAGACUGAAAACCUUCACAAAUCAUUUGAAGCUGAUGUGUCAAAAGCCAAAAGAGGAUCAAAGACAAAUAUUAAUUUAGUCCUAAUUUUGUUGAAAAAAUUUUGGGGAUAUUUUGUUUUGCUAUCAAUUUUUCAAUUUUUGAUCGAUAUUUUAUCUCUAUUCUCUCCCCUUUUUAUAAAAUUGCUGAUAAAUUUUAUUGAGAAAAAAGCAUCAGUUCCAAUAUGGCAUGGAUUCAUGAUUGCUGGUGCAAUGUUUAUCGUUUCGUGUAUUGAAAAUCUGAUUAAUGCUCAAGAUUCAUAUUUGCACGAUACUAUCGGAGAAAAGGUUUUUGCAAUAAUUUGUGCAUCAAUAUUCAGAAAAUCCCUCUAUCUUGGCGCUAAAGCAAAGAAAAAAGUAUCUUCUGGUAAAAUAGUCAAUUUGAUGACAUCCGAUUCACAAAAAUUUUAUUCUACGAUGUUUUCAUUGAAUACCUUAUGGUCUAUCCCGGUACGAAUUAUUUGCAGUUUGCUUAUUCUUUAUUCUGAAUUGGGGUACUCAGCAUUUGUCGCGAUAUUCAUUGUGAUUGGCACAUCUUUAGCCAAUAGAAUUAUAUCGAAACGAUAUAAAAGGUUGCGUCAAGAACACAGCAAAAUAAACGACAAAAGAAUUGAAUCUGUUUAUGAAAUACUAAACAGUAUUCGAAUAAUCAAAUUCUAUGCUUGGGAAGAAUCUUUUAUCAAAAAAACCAAUAAGCUAAGAAAAGAAGAGAUGGAACUUUCAAGAAAAAUGACCUACAAUGAUUCCUUGUUCGAAUUCGUAUGGACUUUUUCAUCCUCCAUGGUAUCUGUUGGAACUUUUGCUAUUUAUGUUUUGGUUCAAGGAGGAAUACUUACAGCGCAAAAAACUUUCGUCUCUUUAUCCUAUCUAUCAACCCUUAAAUCAGACCUGGGUUACUUCUUCUACGAAAUAAUGUCUCUAAGAAAGAAUUCAGAAUCUAUGAAAAGGAUCAAUGAAUUUUUAAAUCUUGAUGAACUUGAUUCAUAUGUAACGCGAUAUGUUAGUGAAUAUGACAUUUCUGUCGAAAAUGCUGACUUUAAAUGGAGUAAAAAACGAAAGAAUAAGCAAAAUUUUCUGGAAAAGUCUCAAGAUGAUUCGGAUGAGGAUUUAGAGGAUUUGAGUGACGGUUCAGAUGAUUCGAGUGACGAUUUAGAUGAUUCAGAGAACGAAGAAGAAUCUGUUUCCCCUUUUUAUACAGAACCAGAUUUAAAAAAUAUAAACAUACAUGUCAAACCAGGCUCAUUUGUGGCGAUUGUUGGAUCUGUUGGCUCAGGAAAAAGUUCAUUAUUAAGUGCAAUUUUGGGUGAAAUGGAGAAAGUUUCCGGUCUAGUCAACAUCAAUGGAAAAUCGAAGAUUGCUUAUGUUUCACAGCAAGCAUGGAUUCAAAAUGCAACUAUACGUGAUAAUAUUUUAUUUGAAAACCCUUUCAAUAAAACUAGAUAUGAAGAGAUUAUUUCAGUUUGUGCUCUUGAACCUGAUCUUGCUUAUUUACCUAAAGGAGAUAAAACUGAAAUUGGUGAAAAAGGUAUCAACCUUUCUGGUGGCCAAAAACAGAGAAUCAGUUUAGCUCGAGCUUGUUAUAGUGAUGCUGACAUAUUCAUUAUGGAUGAUCCGUUGAGUGCUGUUGAUGCUCAUGUAUCUAAACAUCUAUUCAACCGAGUGUUGAACUCAGAAAGCGGGAUUCUCCGGGAUAAAACUCGAGUUUUAGUCACUAAUAAAUUGGACAUUUUAUCUAAUGUUGACUAUAUUUAUGUGCUCAACAAUGGCCGAACAAAUGAAGCUGGAACUUAUCAGGAGUUGGUUAAUUCAAGGGGAGAUUUCUAUAAUUUAGUAAAACAAUUCACUUUUACUUCGGAUGGACAAAAGUCUGAUGAAUGCAGCCAAGUUAUAAACAAAGAAAUAUCAUUGGUACAUAAUGAAGGAGAAAUAACUGCAACUGAACAUAAAGAGGUAGAUAAAGAUGAAGAUACAAAAACUGGAAGAGUGAAAUGGCCUGUGUAUCUGGAAUAUUUCAGAAUGAUCUCAUUCUUUUGGAUUGCUGUUAUAGUAAUAUCAAAGCUUUUCUCAUCUUGUUCAUCUUUAAUAUCUGAUAUUUGGUUAUCCAAGUGGUCAAUUGAUCACUUAUCGAGUGACUUUUCACCAAACUCUGUCAAAAUGAGACUUGCAGUUUAUGCUGGUUUAGGAAUCGCUCAAGGUCUUUUAGCCAUUUCGGAUUCUUUGGUUAUUUUCAAUGGAUCAUUAAAUUUAGCUAUUAAACUUCACCAAAAUUUAUUAUUUGGAAUUCUUCGAGCUCCUAUCGCCUUCUUUGACCGCACUUCCACUGGCACUAUAAUUACUCUUUUCUCUGGGGAUUUGCAACGAGCAGAUUCAAGUCUACUUCAAAGCACACUGAUGUUUUUCGAUUCUUUGGUCAACGCAUUAUCGUAUUUCAUUGUUAUAUUCGUUAACAUACCGUUAUUCAUUUUUGUUUUCAUACCAAUUUGUUUGCUUUAUUGGUAUAUUCAGCGUAUUCAUAGUUCUCUAGCGCUUCAACUUGAGCGCAUUUAUUCCAGUGCUAAAUCGCCGAUCUAUUCACAUUUUAGUGAAACGUUGAAUGGUUUGAAUACAAUUCAAACUUACGGUGCAACUGAUCGAUUCAUCAAAAAAUUUUCGGAAAAAUAUGAUAGAAAAUCAGUUCAUUCUAUAGCACGUUCUAUCUCUAAAAUAUGGCUCCACAUGAGAUUAAAUUUUUGUAGCCAUCUGAUAACCUUGUUUGUCGCUUUAUUUGUUGUACUCAAACGAGAAUCCCUUGACUCUGGUGUUGUUGGACUUAUAUUGACAUAUGCUCUUAAUGUAACCAGAUCGUUUUCCCAAUUAGUACGAUAUCCUUCGUACAUUGAGUCCAACGCAAUUGGUUUUGAACGUUUAUUGAGCUAUUCAAAAUUGGAAAGUGAAGCUGAUUGGUAUAAAGGUAAAAUUGAACCAGAGGAUAGUUGGCCUGAAAAAGGAUCAAUAAAGUUUGAUCGCUAUGAGACUCGUUAUACUCCUAAAAAUGAGCCUGUUUUAAAAGGGAUAACAGCUUUUAUUAAAGCCAAAGAAAAGAUUGGAAUCGUUGGAAGAACUGGAGCUGGAAAAUCAACCAUAACAUUAUCUCUAUUUAGACUCCUGGAACCAUCAAGCGGAGCAAUUUAUAUUGAUAAUUACAAUAUAAGUGAUUUGCCAUUGCAUUUUUUGCGAUCUCGUCUUGCAAUCAUACCUCAAGAUCCGGUCCUUUUUGCUGGUACAUUAAGAUUCAAUCUGGAUCCUUUCAGCCAAAAUUCAGAUAAUGAUAUUUGGUCAGCACUUUCCCUCGUUUACCUCAAAGAUUAUUUCACUAAAAUUGGUGAAGAUCUCGAUUAUAAUAUUGAUAAAGAUGGCGCAAAUUUGAGUGUUGGUCAGAAACAACUUCUUUGCUUAGCUCGAGCUUUGCUAAAAAAGCCUAAAAUUCUGAUUCUUGACGAAGCCACAGCAGCAAUUGACUUGGAAACUGAUAAUUUGAUACAGAAGACGAUUCGCUCACAAUUUAAAGAUUGUACAAUUUUAACCAUUGCCCAUCGUUUGCAUACCAUAUUAGAUUCUGACCGAGUAAUGGUUUUAGAUAAUGGACAAAUUGUUGAAUUCGAUGUGCCUAAAAUUUUAUUGGACAACAAAGAAUCCGUUUUUUAUUCUCUUGCCAAAGAUGAUAAACUUAUUUGAUAUUUUAUACUUAAGUUGAACAAUUUUGGCUCAAUUAUUACAUUUUUUACUGCAACUCAGACAUUUUAUUGAUAAAAA